ACAGACAGUCUUUGAUAUUCACUUCUAUUAAACAAGCAGCCACAAUCACCUCUGCUUUUUUGCUUUUCUUCUUCUUCUUUUUCUCCUUCCGACCUAUUUCAUAUUCAUACCAUCUUCUGACGAUCCCUACCUCGUCGCUCAGUUUCACCACAUUUUUCUCUUUCUUGAACGGACCUGCUGGACAGAUCAUCGAUAAUAUCAAACCCAAAAAGACAUAACUACACUCACUUCCGCUCAGGAGCCAUUACGGGCCCACCACAACUAUAUCAAAACAUAUACUAUCCACGACAAAGAAUUGCCAACAAGAUGUUUAGCUUCAGUGGAGCCGGAAAGGGCGCGGGGUUCAUUCUCCUCAACAUCGUCCGUGGCUGCAAUAUCAUGGUUUUUACAACACUUGCCGUAUCAUCAGCCGUCCUCAUGGUCGUAGCUAAGAUGCCCAACGGCUACACUUUUUUCAGCGACGUUCCAAUGGCAUUUAUCAUCAUCGUCUGCUCUCUACUUGGCCUGUCGGAGAUGGGGGUUUGGUCUACCUGGUUCGGGAUAUAUUGGCCGACGUUUGGACCUAAUCACGGCUUUACCUGGCUCGGUGGUUCCAUGAUCUUGAUGGGAUCUCACAUCCUUGGAAAGCUAAGCGACGAUCGUUUCGCCCAAGACAAGAUGGGUAUCAUCUUCUGGAACGUCUGCAUGGCUGCAGGUAUCCUGUCGUACAUCUUUGGCUUCACCAACAUUAUCAUGUCCUGGUGGUUCGGCAAGCGAGAGGGCCGAAACAUUCGUACCUACCGAAACUCGGGCGCCAUCGAGCCGGAGAGGGGUUGGAAAGGCGACGAGGCCAGCAAGUAUAGCGACAGCUACUCAACGAGCAAGGCAAGCCAUGCAUCAAUCAAAGAGGAGAGAACUCGGUCCAUUUUUAACCCCUUCGGAAAGAGCAAGAAACACCAGAUCAGUGGCCCUGUAGUCUUGGACGACGUGGAGAAGGGAAACUCUCCUGUAUUAGACCGGGGCUCCCCCAUUGUUCCCUCGAUCCAGCGACCUCCUACCCUUCAACACCCAGCUAUGCGCAAUACGCCGAGCAGAUACAGUGAGGCCAGCCAUUUACCGAAUCCCUAUAAUCCAAGCAUCUACCAGAAGGACAAUGUGGUUUGAGUAAGCAACCCAGAGCUUCAAGCAAAUACUGGACGAGGGCUGGAUCGGGUGGGCGUUUGGUUUUUUUUUAUUUUUAUUUUUAUUUUAUUUUAAAUGGAUACCCAUGAUA